AUGUUGAAGAAGCAACAUCAUCAUAAUUCAUCAAGAUCAACAUCUUUAUUUGAAAUUAGAUUAAAAAAUUUAGAUCAUGAUGUUUUAAUUUUAAAAGGUAAUGAACAUGAAGCUGCUAGUGCUUUAUUAUCAGGUAAUAUUGUUUUAUCAGUCAAUGAACCUAUCAAUAUUAAGAGAUUAACAUUGCGUCUAUAUUCAACGUUAAAAUUAAAAAAUGAAUUACCAAGUAAUAAUCCAAAUUCUGGUAGAAGAGUAAUAAGUUUUAAUAAGAAAAUAUAUGAACACGUAUGGGAUCAUAAUGAAUUUAAUCAAUAUUUGAAUAAAAUGUAUGAACAUAACUCAAGUAUAAAUGGUGCUGGUUCACCCCCUGCUCUUUCAAAAAAUCAUUCAACAACAAGUUUAAAAGGUCUUCGAUCAAAAUCUGCAUUAAAUUUAUCAUCCUUGUCAUCACAUUCAUCAUCAACUACAAAUUUAUCGGGAUUGAGUGGUUCAAGCUCUAGUAAUUCCCAUGUUUUAGUUUCUGGUAAUUAUGAAAUUCCAUUUUCAGCAAUUUUACCUGGUAAGAUGCCAGAGUCAGUUGAAGGUUUACCUGGUUGUUCAGCAGUUUAUAGACUAGAAGCAACUAUAGAUCGUGGUAAAUUUCAUUCUUCAAUGAUAACUAGAAAGCAUUUAAGAGUUGUACGUACGUUAACUACCGAUGCAGUUGAAUUAAGUGAAACAAUAGCUGUUGAUAAUACAUGGCCUAAAAAAGUUGAAUACUCAUUAAGUUGUCCAACAAGAGCAUUAGCAAUUGGUUCUGGAUCUCCAAUUUCAAUGAUGUUGGUUCCAUUAUUAAAAGGCUUACAAUUGGGUGAUAUUAAAAUACAAUUGGUUGAAUUUUAUUCCUAUGUUGGUAAUUUACCACCAGCAUAUUCAAAUGAAAGAAUUAUAACAUCAAAGAAGAUAUCAAAACCAAAUCCAGAUGAAAUGUUGGAUAAAUGGGAAAUUGAUACAUUUUUAAAAAUACCUGCAAGUUUAUCAAAAUGUACACAAGAUGUAGAAUUGUUUAAUUAUGUAAAAGUAAGACAUAAGAUUAAGUUCAAUAUUGGUUUGAUAAAUCCAGAUGGUCAUGUUUCUGAGUUAAGAGCAUCAUUACCUAUAAUAUUAUUUAUAUCACCAUUUGUUACAGUGUCAGGUAAACACGAUGAUGAAAUAAGUGAAGAUGAAAAUAAUGGAGAGGAAGAUAUUUUGUUCAUUAGUGAUUCAUUUGAACAACUAAACCAAUUAAGUAAUCAAAAUCAACAUGAAUCAAGUACAAGUUUACAUAAUUCAAAUAAUAGUUCACAUACUUCAUUAACUGGAUUAGUUGCACCACCAUUAUAUGAAAGACAUAUAUAUGAUAGAUUGUGGAGUGACGUAUCACCAAUUGAAACUCCACUAACAUCAGGUCAAUCAACACCAAGAUCAAGACAAAAUGGAUUUACUAAUCCAAAUGAUAUACAACAAUUUUCAAUGUCGCCAGUAGAUUCAAGUCUAUUGACUGAGAAUUUAAGGCAAUUGAGUUUACAGAGACAAGCACAAGAAGCAGAUGAACAUCAUAAUAACAAAGCAACAUUUAAUCUAGAUGGUGAAGAAUCGGCAUCAGCUUCCAAUCAUCCUCAAAAUGAUUACUUCACACCUAAAAGACCAAAUAUUAGAUCAAAUCAAAGUUUCAUGCAUGAUUUAUACUUAGCUACCCCACCAGUUCAUUUAUCUAGGGCAAAUUCAGAUUUAAAUUUAUUAAAAAAUCCAGGUGAAAUGUCACAAGUGCCUUCGUAUCAACAAGCUAUGAGAUCAGAUACCGCAGUUGAUCCAUCACCAAUGUAUCAACCUCCAUUUCCUGGAUCACAUAUAAAUUUGGCUGAAGUGAAUAGAAAUUUAAUUAGGAAUAAUAGUAGGAAUGGAACUAAUAGUGGUAGUUUGUUAAGUAGAGGUGGUUCAAGUUUAAAACUAAGCUCAAGUAGGAAUAGUUCAAAUGGAUCAUCACCAUCAAAUUCCACAAAUGUUUCAUCUUCAAAUCUUGCAAAUUUGAUGAGUAGAACAAGUUCAAAUAAUUUAAGUGCAUACGACAAUAACAAUCAAAAUAGUGGUAAUUUAUCACCAAAUCAUCUUCAUUCAAAUGGUUCAGCUUCGUUAUCAAGUUCACCAAGAAAUGAAGUAUCAGUCGCUCAAUUAUCGCAGAUUGCUAAUGAUAGAAACAGUGCUAUUCCACUUAGAACUAGCUCUAGUUUAGGUUUACAUAAUUUACAUUUUUUGAAUAAAAAGAAGGAUAAGAAAUAG